AUGGCCGCCACUCCAAAUAACGUUACGUCAACGUCAUCACCGACGUCAUCAUUGUCACAGAUGAUUACGUCAUCGUCAAAUACGGUAUCAUCAUCAAAACUAGCUACAACACCAGUAGCAGCAACGACAUCGGCUGCUGUUGUGAAAACAAUUACGAACGUGACUAACAAAUUUAUCAUCAAAACCAGUAACAACAACAACAACAACAUAAACAACAUAAACAACAACUCAAAUAAUAGUUUAAAAUCUAUAAACACAUCCUUCUACAUAACAACACCACCACCGACAAACACGAAAACUUCUAAUAACAACAUCAACACAAACUACAACAACACUUCUACAGCAACAACAAAAUCGAUACAAUACAAACCAACUCACAACAACAGCAACAACACCAAGUACAUCUUCAAUUUGAAAUCAGCCAACAACAACAACAAUGACAGCUACCAAAACAAAAACUACCACCACAACAACUACCCAUACGAUGAUGACGACGACGACGUUGAUGAAGAUGAUGAGGAUGAAGAUGACGAGGAGAUAACAUUUCUGGAAGCCUGCAUGGAUUGUGAUGAUGACGCACUCUAUGACAUCAUCAGAGAUGGAGUGACCAAGGAACAAGUCAACGAAGUGGACAAAUCGGGCCGGAAUGUAUUAGAAUGCUACGAGGAAUUAAUUGCCAGAAAAAGAAGAAAAAAUUCAUCGGAACAAAAUAAGGCUUCGCUGGUAGGAAUUGAAUCGGAAUAA